AUGUCGUACUCCAACAGCGGCGGAGGCACUCUCACUUUGCCAUCACCCACACAUGUUCACCAUGUUGACGUUACCUCCGCAGUCAGAUCGCUAAGACGUUCUUUAUCGCGUUCUCCAUCCAAAUUCCGACUGGCCACUAAAUCACCAAGCCCAUCCCCAAAAUCUCCACUGUCGCCAUCUCCAGUGUCACCAUCUAAGCGCGCAUCUUCAUACCCUGCGUUGUUCGCAGGCACAAACACACCUCAUACCCCAUCACCUCUCGCUGUUCCAUUUCCUCCAAGCGCAAGAUUGGCACUUCGAUCCUCGUCGCGAGCCAAGACUGCCCCUCCUCGACAGAAUACCCGCCUACGAACCUCCCCCAGAAGUCCCAUGAAGCGGGCAUUGAGCCAAACAAUUGAUACGGGUAACGCGACUCCAACACCACUGGGUUACAUGGGUGGACAAGAAAAUUUUGGAGGUAGCAGUCCGGCGGAGAGAAAGGCCCUAGAGAAGCUCCCUAGAAUGCAAUUGAACUUGGACGCAAAUGCGCCGACCAACCAGGCAUUAUUGAGAUUAGGCAGCGACGGAGCUAGCGAUUGUAGCGCAUCCACUUCAAGUCCACUGAAGCGCAGCGAUCCCGUCAUGAAUCUGGAACAAGCGACCCUCGGAAGUCCAGUCGCAAAGCGCAGAAGUCUUCACGGUUCUGCCAACUUUGGUCAUGAUUUAAAUCUCUUUGAACAGGCACCAGCACCAACUUCUCCUACCAAAUUCGAUAUCCACAGCGAUUCAAACCACGAAUAUGAGUUAUCAGCCACAGUUCUUAGUUCGGAAAAUACUGCAUCUCCUUUCACGUCUACCCCUCGACGUUCCUCCUCUUUGCGCAAAUCGACAUUACUUCAAAGAAAUGGCGAGAAGACUUCUUGGGGUAGAAGACAUGCCGCUCAGCUUCUGGCUGCACAACAAUCCGCACAGCAACAACCUUUUGCAAUUGCGAAUCAGGAUAUUGUUAGCCCCAGUAAGCAGAAGAAUCGUCCAAGAUUGUCAUUGGAUCAAUUUGUUGCACCCCUGAACCGCGAUAGUCCGUUCAGCCACCAAGGUAACCUUCCAAAUGCUUCGAUGCAUAUGAUUAAUCAAUCGCAACAACCUACUCAACACCAUACGCAUCAACCUCACCCACUCUCACGAACCAUGACAACUUCCUCCUCCAACUCGAGCAUCGCCGAGGACUCACCUGUCCAGCAUGUGCCCGUUAAUUUUGGUGGUAGCCAAAAACCCAAGAUUGAUUUCUCAAAAUCAUUACCUGCUGGAGCCCUAAGACCAUUCAACUUGGAUGCCCCUGAUGACUUCUCAACCCCAAAGAAUUUUAAAUCCGUCAAACCAUUACCUGCUGCUUUCAUGUCUACCGGUCUUAUUUCAAAGGUCAACAGAAGACCCGAAGAAGUCCAGAUGCUUCGUGGAAAUACCAAGUCCAAUGUUCCAGAUACCCCAUGUAAAAAGCAGAACAACAUCUUCGGCACUUACCCCGCUGCAGUACCCACUAGUGCCAUCGCAAAAGCUAGGCAAAUCCGCCAUUCGUUUGGUACCCCAUCUACUCCUUUCAACCCCCAUGGAGUACCGGCUAUCGGUACCUUCGGAAAAGGCAGCGGCGUAUUCGGAAGUGGUUUCGGCCAGCCAAGAGGUUUAACCAGACGAGGAAGCUUUUUGAGUAUCGACGGAGAUGAUGGUGGAUCCCCAGACUUCAAGACCGACAGCCAAACCAGCGACUUUGAUUUACCACCAACUCCAACAAAACAAGCUUCAAGCUUCUCUCAUUUCCAAAAUGGUAGCCCCACAAGUCAUCGAUCGAUUCCAGCCUCAACAUCUGCCGUGGGUGGUUUUAGCUUAGGAAAGAUACCAAGAUCAAGCAGUAAGUUGAACCUUUCUACGAGUCCAGGCGAGCAGGAAGAGGGAGACAGUGAUACAUCCACGGAUAUGAACGAAUCUCCAACACCUGUCACUGCCGGACUUUCUUUCAGUACUUCCAUUUCUGUACCAUCCUUUUCCAGGUCCCGAGCAUUGCGGGGCCUACAAUCUCCUUCGCCGCUGAUGGCUAAAUCUCUUACUACUUCCUUUUUGAGUCCUUCAAGAAAGCCCGGUUUUGCUAAAAUUAGUCACGUGGCUCCAGCCAGUCCAUUGGAGCGUGUAGAUUUCCUCGAGAAAUUGUCGCCUUGUACACCUCAAGACAACAUGUUGUUCCCCGAUCCCAGUAGCCUUUCCAUCUCCAACCAUAGAGAUGGUCACGCUCACUUCGGUGCCAACAGCGCUCCCGUUGCUCCACCUCCAGCUACACCAACCACUGGUCGAGAUUAUUUCGGUAAAACUAGCACCACCCCAGUUGGUAGUUUUCCGCCCCGAGAUGUGGAUGAGUCCCUCGUAUCACGUUUCAACAAAAUCGAGUUGAUCGGAACAGGAGAAUUUUCUCAAGUAUACAAAGUCACUCAGAGUGCGCACAAGGCUCCAACAUUCAUGUUUGGUGAUUCGGUCGAUUCCCCAAUGACUGGUAGAACACCACCAACACCUACACCAGACCGUGUCUUUGCUGUCAAGAAGUCAAAACAACCAUAUCAAGGUUACAAGGAUCGAUCAAGAAAGCUCAAGGAAGUUGAGGUUAUCAAGGCACUCGGUCAGGCUGACAAUGUCAUUCAUUAUGUCGAUUUCUGGGAAGAGAAGAAUUACUUGUACAUUCAAACGGAGUAUUGUGAAGAAGGUAGUCUUGAUAUAUUCCUUUCUCAAAAUGGUCGAAAGGGUAGAGUAGAUGAUUUCAGAAUCUGGAAGAUUUUACUUGAGAUCGGACAGGGGCUCAAGCAUAUUCAUGAUUCUGGCUUCAUUCAUCUUGACAUCAAACCCGCUAAUAUCAUGAUUACUUUUGAGGGUGUCUUGAAGAUUGGAGAUUUUGGCAUGGCAACUUCAUGGCCUGCUUCCGAUGCGAUUGAAGGUGAAGGAGAUCGUGAAUAUAUUGGACCCGAGAUUCUCCUUGGGCAGUACGAUAAGCCAGCAGAUGUUUUCGCUCUUGGCAUGGUCAUUUUCGAAAUCGCCACGAACGUAUACUUGCCCGACAACGGAGUUUCUUGGCAACGUCUCAGAUCCGGAGACAUGAGUGAAGCUCCAAGUCUUACUUGGAGUGAAGCAAGUAGCAUGCCCCGUGAUGCCAAUGGCAUCCCCAUCGUACCUAGCGAUGAUUCCAUGGCCAGCGACGACGAACUUGAAGUCGACUUUGGUUCACCAAUUGCUGCUAGCCGGAAACGAUUCACUUCAUCCUCCAAAUCAUUCGCCCAUGACCCAAGCAACUUGUUUGGUUCUUCUAGACGAGGCGAACUUGAAGAAGCCCCAGAAUUCAUGAGAGAUCCUGAUCAUGAAUGUACACUCGAUAAGCUUGUUCGAUGGAUGAUCUCACCACGUCCUCAAGAUCGACCUUUGAUUCAUGAAGUGCUCGAAUCACCAGGUCUUCAAUGGGUUAGCAAUAGGCGUCGUGCUGGUGCCACUGUUUUUGAAGGAAACUGGGGACCAGCAGAUGAAGUCUUAGAUGAUGCUGAGAUGAUGGACGUUUAA